GCGAUCCAGAAAGACAGCUGUGAAUCCAACGACCACAUCACGUGCAAGGUUGGCUACCCAUUCCUGAGGAGAGGCGAAAUGGUAACUUUCAAAAUAUUAUUUCAAUUUAACACAUCGUAUCUCAUGGAAAACGUGACCAUUCAUUUAAACACAACAAGCGACAGUGAGGAACCUCUGGAAACCCUUUCCGACAAUGAGGUCGGCAUUUCCAUCCCGGUGAAAUACGAAGCCGGAGUCCAGUUCUCCAGCUCUGCCAGCGAGUACCACGUUUCCAUCACGGCCAACGAGACGGUCCCCGAAGUCAUUAACUCCACCGAAGACAUUGGAAGUGAAAUUAAUAUCUUCUACUUGAUUAGUAAGAGUGGACACUUUCCGAUGCCAGAACUUAAGCUGUCCAUUUCCUUCCCCAACCUGACAUCCGACGGUUUCCCUGUGCUGUACCCAAGCGGGUGGUCGUCUUCCGACAACGCAAACUGCGGACCCACCAGCCUCCAGGAUCCUCUUGGCAUCAACUCUGGGAAGAAAACGAUUGUACUCAAGUCUGAAGAUCUGAAACGAGGCACAAUUCAGGACUGCGGCACCUGUCGGCCUGCCACCAUCACCUGCAGCCUGCUCCCUGCCGACGCGAGCCGGGUCAACCUGUCGCUCAUCCUGUGGAAGCCGACGUUCGUAAAAACACGUUUUUCCAGCUUAAACCUGACGGUGAUCGCGGAACUCCGGAGCGAGAACACGUCCCUGGUGCUGAGUCCCAGCAACCAAAGACGACAGCUCGCGAUCCAGGUCUCCAAAGACGGGCUGCCGGGCAGGGUGCCGCUGUGGGUGAUCCUGCUGAGCGCGUUCGCGGGCCUGCUGCUGCUGCUGCUGCUCAUCCUGGCCCUGUGGAAGAUUGGAUUCUUCAAAAGACCACUAAAAAAGAAAAUGGAGAAAUGAAAUAUUUUGCAGGAGAAAAAAUAAUUAUUCAAUGAUCUAUCCUCAGGUUUGCCUCAAAUAUGUGACAAGAAAUUUUUAACUAUAAUUAAAGACAGUCACAUAAAUUUAUAUAAUCCAUCAGGGUUAAUCUCUUGGAAAAUGAGAGAUCAAGCAAGAUCCAAAAACAAUGCCAUAUAUAUUUUAUAAAAUGAUGAAAAAAUAUUUUUAAAUAAUUACUCAUUUUUGCUGAGUAAGCAGAAUUACAGUGUUUUGAAGGUGAAGAGCAACCUGUACAAAUGUUUGUCUAUUAAAUCACCGUUCAAGUAUGUAAGGAACGCAUGGAAAGCUUUUUAUGAUCAUUGAGACAUUUACGUUCAGAACAAUCAAGCUUUUUCUAUUGAUUCUGAUCAAUACACAUUCAGCAUGAACAUCGACAUUUGUAAAUGCUAAGAAAGAAAUUACCUGAAAAAGCUCACUUUCCCCAAUUCAAAUGAGAAAAAUUUCCCGGUUGGAGUAUAUAUAUAGAUAUAU